GCUAGCUGCUGGUGGCAGGGGAGAUCGAUCGAUGGCGGAGGGGAAGAAGGUGAGGAGGGAGGAGGAGCUCGUGGAGGCGGCGCUGGCCGCGGCGGCGGCGGCGCUGUUCGUGUCGGGCGUCAAGAACCUGGUGCCCGCCGUGCUCGUGGCGCGGUGGUGGCCGGCGUCGCUGCUCGCCACGGCGCCGUCGCCCGUGCUGUUCCUGCUGCUCCACGUCAUCAUCGCCUCCAUCGUCGUGGCGUCCCUGCAGCCGAUGCGGGCGGCGGCGACGUCGGCGUCGGCCGCCGUCGCCGGCCAGGACGACGACGCGCGGUGCGGCCGGGAGGAGGGCGCCAAGAAGGUGAAGAGGAGGAGGAGCAAGAGGCGGGAGGGCGCCGAGGGGACGGGAGCGACGACGCUGGCGGUGGAGCCGGCGCUGGCGCCCAUCGCCGACGCUGACUGCUGCAUGGCGCUGGCGGUGGUGAAGAGCGGAGCGGAGACGCCGCCGCCGGAGCCGCAGCAGGAGGAGGAAGCGGAUGGGAAUGCGGCGGAGGAGGUGAACAAGCGGGCGGAGGAGUUCAUCUCGGCGUUCCGCCACCACCUCCGGGUCGACUCCUUCUCGUCGGCGAGCCGGCGAGGCGGCGCCAGAGCCGAAGCCUUCUGCUUUUGACUGAAAAGAUGCACCGUGCCAAGUGCAAAGUGCAAAAACCACGCUUCUUGGUUUUUGCACAUUUUCUUUCAGUCUCUUGCUGUUUCUCUCUCUUUUUUUUCUUUUUUUCCCUUUAUAAUCUGAGAGACUGAGAUGUAGUUACUCUUUUGAUAUCAGUUUGAUGACAACUUAAGACAUGCU